AUGACGUACCGUUGGCAAAAAUCUGAAACGGAAGGAGGCUCAGAAACGGACAGCGAACUAGAUCUCGAAGAUAAGGGUUGCGAAGAUAUACAAACAUCGACGAAACUGUCGGAAACAGAAAUAACUAAAUUGCUGAUGGAAAAAAACUAUUUGAAAACGGAGAGGAACAUUCUGAUAAUAGAAAACGAUGGUCGGAGAUUACGAAAGAACCAUCUGAUACUAGAAAGAAUUAAUUUGACAACAGAAAGAGAGGGUUUAACAAUGGAAACAAGCGGUUUGAGGGCGGAAAUAGACUUCUUGACAGCAGAAAAGGACCGUUUCUGGCAUAGCCAAAAAAAAUCCUUCCAGAGCUUAACCCCAGAGGCGCGAAAACAAAAAAAGGAAGCCGACUUGGCCAAAUCCGUCAGAGGCGAACCCGUACAGUCUACUGGCACCACACAGUCUGCUAUUGAAAAUAACGCCAAAGUGGCCGCUGAUCAUACACCGGUCAAAAUCGAUGGCAGUAGUCGCUGA